GUGUUGUUGUGUUCUGGUUUAUACCUGACAUUUUUUGUACGUUAUUUAAACUCCAUGUCGCCAACUCCUUGUGUCAAUGUGAAGAACACUGAAACUGUUGUAGCUUGUGGUUUGUUUUUGUUUGAAUAUAUUACAGAGAUGCUCACAUUAUGAAAAUUAAAAGAUGCAGAAUGUGUUCUGGAACAGAACGUAGUGUCAUGUUCUGUAGAACCUCUUUGUGGGGCCAGAAGUUGGUAAGUACAAGUGGAAUGUUGCAACAGACAGUUUGACUACAGCAGUCAAACAGUGCAGACGGACAUCACAACUUGACUCGAAUUUCAAGAGAGAUCCACAACACCGCGAAGAUGCUCGGACAACGUAUUUUUGGCCGAAAGAAGAAACAAGGAUCUGUGAAGACUGUGUCUGAUGAGAAGAAACAGCACUCCAGCCAUCAGACAAGUGGCGGUGUCCAGGAUGUACCUGCUGCUCCAGGCUCAGCAAAGCCAGCUUGGGAGGACCGACAGCCAAAGAAGAAGAGCUGGUGGAAUCGCCUCUUUGGUUACCUUGACAAGAAAAGUGUUCCUGGUAGGAGGCCUUCAGCCCCACAGGAAAGACCUACUGUCACCACCUCAGACGCUCAAACUGCGUCACAAAAGGAAGCCGUGAGGAACUUUUGGCGUUGGCUGUCAAUCAACGGCAGGAGAAAACGUGUCUCACCAGCCAACAUCACCAACGACAAAAAGACGGACUCACCAAAGCCUGAGAGGAGCAAUAAAACAAACAACAUCAAGUGCUUCGGAUUUCCAAACAUUGGGCAGACCUGCUAUAUGAACGCAAGCCUGCAGAGUCUCCUAACAUUAGAGGACUUCACUGGGGGCAUCAGUCGCAUGGAGAAGGUCUGGAGCUUAGUACCUGAGGCUCAACUGAUGAGAAGCUUGAUGGAUGUCAGGGACGUUCAUUCGUCCAUAGACGCACGAGUUAAAAUCCCCCUCCUGAAGUCCUUUAAGGAUGUGGUCUCUGCCCAGGCACCUGAGUUCUGGGACACUCAGCAAAAGGACGCUCAUGAGUUCCUGACUACAGUCCUGGAACAGAUGAGAGGUCUGGCCCCUCUGCUGCAGGAGACAGCAGCUUUCAUGGGCACACAUUAUACCUGCCCUGUAGAGGAUAACCUGGUGAUCACAAUAGAGAACACCAGGACAUGCAAAAGCUGUGGAGCACAGUCAGUGAGACAGGAGGAAUCCACAAACCUGUCUCUAGACCUCAUCCCUGGAGGCUCUGUGGAGGAGAUGCUCCAGGAGUACCUUAAGGAGACGGAGGUGGAGUUCAGGUGUGACUGCGGAGGGAACAAGUCAAGCUGCAGAUCAUCCUUCCUCACUCUGCCACAAGUGCUCAUCCUGCAGCUGAAGAGGUUUCGCUACUCUCCCUUCUUUGAGCUUGAGAAGGUUGAUGACCCUGUCAGGCUGACAAGGGACCUGCCGGUCUCCUCCACACAGGAUGGAGGCUGCUACAGCUUGGUCAGCGCCAUCAGCCAUUUUGGCUCCACAGAAAUGGGACACUACAUCAGCCAAGGCAUCCACCCAGACCACAAUCCGGACAAACCAGAUGAUCAUUGGCUCACCUACAAUGAUUCAAUGGUCUUUAAGACGUCCGGCAAGUUAGUCUGUGAGCAGCGGAAGAGGGGUGCUUACAUCCUGUUCUACAAGAGAAUAGUGUAACCCAACUGACGACGUGAUGUCGGACUGAGUGACCUGCCACAGUCAAGACGUGAUGUCGGACUAAGGGACCUGGACAUAGUCAAGACGUGAUGUCGGAUUAAGGGACCUGGAUACACCAUACGGAGACAGGAUGACCAUCAUGGAGCCAGGAGACCCGCCGCGGGACAAGGAAGGUAAGUGAGUUCCUAAUCUUGUCUGUUUUCUUGGUGCAGUUGUUCAACGUGACGGUGGACAACAGAUGACCAAGAAAGACGACUGGAGGAUGAACGAAGAAGAUGUCCCGUGGCCAGGAGCAGCUGAUGGUUCCCUUGCCCUUAGGAGGAUGGGCCCCCCCAGAGAGCCUGGUUCCUCCCAAGGUUUCUUCCUCUUGUGGGGAGUUUUUCCUUGCCACUGUCGCCUCACAGUCACUGGACAGCAGGACAGACCCAACUCAUCUCUUCAGCAUUGAC